AUCUCUAUUCUUUUCUUGAUUCUCAUUUGCCAUACUCAUAGAAGAGGAAAGAAAAUGGUUUUAUAAAUUAAUUUUGUUUUCUUUAAUAUUUCAAACGAAAAAAAUUCAGUCUCUCCCUUCACUCAAUGGCAUUGACACCACCUCCCCCACCACCACCACCACCUCCACCCUUUUGAAGCAUCUUAGAGAGGGUUUUGUGCUUGUCCUGUUCUUGUUCUGUUUUUGUUCUGGAAAGAUAAGUUGUUCUUUUUUUUAGUGGCUUCUUUUUGUUGUUAAUGUUAUCUUCUUGAGUGAAGGUGGCUUAGUUUCAUGGUAAGAAAAACGGGCUGUUUUCAGAUUUGAAAACUGUUGUUUGUUAUGCUAAGAUUCAAGCAGGAUUUCAUCUAGCUCUCUGUUCUUGCUCUGUUUUCCCUGUUUCAGUAGAAUUCACAUGGAUUUGCUUGGUUCUGUCUCUUGUUACUUCUCUUCAGCUUCUUUAUUUAAACUUAAUCAAGAAACAGGGGAUUCAAUGGAGUCAGAUCUUCAACACCAGCAUCAUUUUCUUCAUGGUCAUAACCAGCACCAACAAAUUCAUCAGAAACAAAUGAAUUCUGGGUUGACAAGAUAUCAGUCUGCACCAAGUUCAUAUUUUUCAAGUAAUUUAGACAGAGACUUCUGUGAAGAGUUUCUCAAUAGGCCAACAAGCCCUGAAACAGAAAGAAUUUUCGCGAGAUUUUUAGCCAAUUCCGGUGGCAAUACAGAGAAUAUACCAGGUUCAAAUCUUUGUGAGAUUAAGCAAGAUUCUCCAGUAAAAGAAUCAGUCUCAAAAAUUAACCAGCAACCCCAGAUGAUGGCUUCAAUGAAUAAUCAUAGUAGUGAUACAAGGCUGCAUCAACAUCAACAUCAGCAGCACCAACAGGGCAAUUACUCUGCCUCACAGGGUUUUUAUCAAAGUCGAUCAAAACCUCCAUUACCAGAUCAUAAUCCAGGUUCUGGUAUGAAUCAUAGAUCAACGAAUUCAACGGGGUUGGAGAGGUUGCCUUCCAUGAAGCCUAGCAGUGGAAACAAUCCGAAUCUAGUUCGACACAGUAGCUCACCAGCAGGGCUUUUCUCCAACAUAAAUAUUGAAUUUGAAAAUGGCUAUGCUGUAUUGAGAGGUAUGGGAGAUCUUGGAGCAGGUAAUAGAGACACAACUUAUUCUGCAGCUGGUAGGCCACCUUCAUCUUCAGGGAUAAGGAGUACAAUUGCUGAAAUGGGAAACAAAAACAUGGGCGAAAAUAGCCCAGACAGUGGUGGUUUUGGUGAAACUCCUGGCAAUAAUUAUGAUUACCCUAUUGGAUCAUGGGAUGAUUCGGCUGUGAUGUCUACUGGUUCAAAAAGACACCUUACAGAUGAUGACAGAACACUUUCUGGUCUAAAUUCAUCGGAAACUCAGCAGAAUGAAGAGGCAGGAAAUCGCCCUCCAAUGUUGGCUCGUCACUUGAGCUUGCCAAAAACAUCAGCAGAGAUGUCUACCAUUGAAAACUUUUUGCAAUUUCAAGAUUCUGUUCCUUGUAAGAUCAGAGCCAAGCGUGGUUGUGCCACCCAUCCAAGAAGCAUUGCUGAGAGGGUGAGAAGAACUAGAAUUAGUGAACGAAUGAGGAAACUCCAGGACCUUGUACCAAACAUGGACAAGCAAACAAACACAUCGGACAUGCUGGAUUUGGCUGUUGACUACAUUAAAGACCUUCAAAGACAAUUCAAGGCACUUUCAGAGAAUCGUGCAAGAUGUACAUGCUUAAAGAAGCAGCAGCCCUAGCUGAAAAAACCGAAUUGGAAGCAGGUGGGGACUACUUUCCUUCUAUUGACGCCAUUGAUUGAAGAAUUUGUGGUCUAAUUUAAGGCACAAUGGGAUUAACCAAGCUCCACCACCCACCUUGCUUUGUCUUGUUUGGGUCAGCGCUACAGAAUGCAGUGUGCUGUUUCCUAAUAUGUUCCUGAUUUAUCUUUGCUCUUUUGUCCCACUAUAUUCCCUUGUGAGAAGGGAAGGUCCAGGUUAAGUGUGUUUCCUCCUUUUCUCCACCACCACUAGGGUUCCUAGUCUUCAAUCACGAAGUGGACGGGGGACUCAUUCUUCACCAAGCAACCAAGAUAACAUUACAAUUCCUUUGUCAUUUCCUAGAGAACAUCAAUAUUGCUCGAGGGAAACAUUCGCUAGUGUUUGGCUACUGUCGAGAUGAAGAUAUUAAAAAUAAAAAAGACAUGUUUCAUGUCUGAAAUUCAUUUUAAAA